AUGUGGGAAUGUAGGAAAGGGAACAAUCCGAACAGCAGAAACUGUGAGCACUGUGCAAAGGAGGGAAAGCAGGUGGAACUGAGGGGGGCAAGAACAAACAAGAAGCAAACCGAACGGGGAACGAGACAUCUGAAUCUCGUCGAGGAAGCUCUAGAGAUCGAAGAGGAGACGGGCGUUCAGAUCGACGGGCCCCUCGCCGUGUUGAAGCUUGGCAAAGAAGCAGCUCUUCUGCAACUCGUCUCUGAGAAUCACAUCUCGAAGUCCAAUGCUGACGAGCUUCUCGAGAGUGCAAACGCUUUUAAGAACACGAGAGAGGCAGCCGGCGGAGAAGCUGAGUGCAAGAGUGGGGCGCUGCAAGACGCUGUAGACGCAGUACCAAACGUCGAGUCUUCAUCAUCACCCGUUGUGGUUCAAGCCAGACUACAGCUCUCUGGAAAGGCCGGCGCAGAAAAGCAAGAGCCCACUGAGAACUUUUCCAUUGAGGCAGAAUUGUGUGAAGUGGUUUUGGUGACACCAAGCUACGCGUUGGUCCCCGUCGCGGGCAGGACGUCCGCUGUCGGUUACGGACACGUGUCUUUGGACUCCGAGACGGGCAGCCUGGCGUGCCACGUGGCCAAAGGGCGGCCCUGUAGCGACUUUGCGAAGAAGGAAGCAAAAGGUGCCAAGUACUGCGGGCACACGUCGACGGUGCUCUGGGCUCUCCGCAAGUGCCCCGACGCCGCGCCGCAGCGAGUCCGUUUCUUUGCAGUCGGAGCAUCCUCUUUUGACAGCACCAUAGCUUCAGCUAGUCUCGGCGCUUCUCCUUCUCUUGCACAGCUUCCUAAGCCCUCCUCUCAGCAGAGCACGAAUCAGUGGGAUGAUCUGGAACGCUCUAAGCGUCUCCAGAUCCUUCACCCGUUUCUGACCAUGAAAUUUCCCCGCGAGCUGCCACGCCCCCUUCUCAGCUACUUAGAAUCUCGUCAUGUCUGCCUGGACAUCUGCCCGAGCCCCUGCCCGUUUACUUGGCCCGCUUUGUUCGCGUCAGAGCUUGACACUUCUCGUGAACCACGCCUACGAGUUUGCUUGCCGAAUCCAUGGGUGAAAGUUCCCGUUUUUGACGGAAACAACUGCCACCGAAUCGACAUCAAGGACCGCCCGCGAGUGGACACAAGCGCGCCCCGAGUAGUCGACAUCUCCCGCAGCUGGUUGCACGUCGAACUCUCCGGUCUCUCACCUCUCAUUCUUGGAAGGAGAAUCAAACUGCUGGACUCGGAGAGGGUCAAGCAUAGUGGGUGGAAUCGCGCCGUGGCGAAGCUCAAGCAGCUGCAUAAACUAGCGUACGGCGUGGCUGGGGACGGCAAGAAAGACGACUUUGUGAAGCGAUUCGAGAGCCUGCGGCUGCACGCAGAGGGGGCCGAAGCAGAAGAUUCGUCAGCGUGCACGAAGUUCUUCUCGGCGUUCAACGCGAGCACGGCCGGGGUUUCCAAGGGAUUGUGUACGUGUGGUCUGUGCAACUUCUUCACGGUCAACCUGGAAGCGGAGAUUCCGCAGAUGAAACCUAUAUUCACGUUCAGCCUUCUUUUGCAAAACCCAAAAGACAUGGUCCUUGAUCAAAAGUGGGCCCCGAAGGCCCUGGUAUACGAUCACGUAUGCCAGGCCCUUCUUGGCGCAAGGAAGGACCACCCGAUCGCCUUCCCAACCGCCGGAAGAGUCCCUACUUCGGGAAAGGACCCGGACCGAUUCGCACACCUAGCUGACGUCAGCCCCGACUUUCAAAGCACGGCUUCGCGUUCCGUUUCAAAGCCCACCGGAGAGCCCCCUAGCGGAACGCGGCUGGAAACACUCGCGGAGGGCUUUGCACCCGAGAGUAUCCCCCGUAAGGCGGCAGCCAUGUUAAGCGGGGCGACGGAAGACAAGAUGACGUCAGCCACUAUGGAGUUCGUAGCGGAGACGCUGGACGAAAUCUUGAGAGGCGCCGUCAGCGCCAACAAUCUGGAAACUUUCACCCCAGCGCAUUCCCGCCGGCCGAUUCUCACCUGUGGCCCCAUUCUGGAAGACGGAACACUGCGGCCGCACUCAUACUCCGGUUCCAAGCACGAAACCAUCGGGGUCGUCACAGCAUUGCAUCUUUCGAACCACUCGCAGGCGUGCUAG